AUGUCUAACAUUUUGGCAUGUUACCAACUCAUAGAACUCAAUGUCAUAUCUGCACAAGACUUGGCUCCCGUUGGUCGAUCCAUGCGAACUUAUGCAGUCGCAUGGAUCGAUCCAGAUCGCAAGCUUUCCACCCGAGUUGAUUCUGGUGGUGGUACCGACCCGACUUGGAAUGAUAAGUUUGUCUUUCGAGUCGACGAAGAUUUCUUGUAUGAUGAUGCAUCAACAAUAACAAUUGACAUCUAUGCUCUUCAUUGGUUCCGAGACAUCCUUGUCGGCACGGCCCAUGUCCUCGCUGAUGACCUCAUCCCACCACAACCAUCUAAGCCUUUCCACAACAAAACCAAAUCUGCUGGUAUGCGGUUUGUAGGGCUCCAAGUCCAUAGGCCCUCGGGUCGCCCUAAAGGGGUUUUAAACGUUGGUGUGGCGGUCCUUGAUAGCUCCAUGCGGAGCAUGCCACUCUACACACAUAACAACAUCCCAGCCAUUGGAUAUCACCAUGAUCAUGAUCAUGAUCAUGAUCAUCAUAAUCAACCAAGUCAUCAAGUCAUGCCGGAGCUUCGGCGCACCAAGAGCGACACUAGCUCAAUGAUCGGCUCAGAAGCCAUGGCUCACGAGAAGCUAGCCAAGGCUAAAAAGGGAAAAUCAAGUUCCGUAGUUACGCCAUCUGAAGCAAGCACAAAGAGCAAGAAAAAGAGUAACUCCACAUUGAGCGGCUCAUAUGUGAAGGAAAGCCCAAAGAAAAAGGGUCAUAAAAUGGGCAAAACAAAGAAAAACGUGUUAGCGGUAGACGGCUCACCAAGCCACUUCAAGGCCACGCCACGAGCCGCAACACCAAAGAUAAAUGUUGGUUAUGAAGUUAAGUCAUCGCCUAGGAGGGAGUAUCAAAAUACUCCAACCGUAACGAGGGCUUAUAAUAAUACUCAUAAAGGUGGAGUGCGUGCCACUCCAUUGCAUGCAUUCGCAAUGACGAAUGCAGCAAUGGCAAUGGAGUAUGGCACUCCAUACAGAUCAAACAUGGUUCAUCGACCUAUCAUGACGGACUCAGAGCUGGGUCCGUCAGCUUCAGAGGUAGCUGCGGCGGUGGCAAGACAACCAAUGGUGGAAGAGGGGGAGAAUUCUACAAUAGGAGGGUGGAGCUUGGAAGAAAGUGAAGAGGGGCUACAACCUAAAAUUGAGAGGUGGCGGACGGAGCUGCCGCCGGUGUAUGAUGGUGGUGAGAAUUCUUCCUUGCCAGUGUCUAGCAAGAAAGAGAAGCACUCACGCAGGCACACAGAUGGUGGCAGUAGUGGCAAGGGUGGUGGUAGGAAUGGCUUGUUCUCUUGCUUUAGUGUUAUAUGUGGUGUUGAAUGCUCCAUUGUAUGCGGAGGUGAUAAAAAGAAGAAUCGUCGUCGUAGAACCCAGUCAGUGGACAAUUCGAGCUUUCUAUGA